AUGUAUCAGGAGGCAAUCGCCAGACUUCGAAACUACAUCCCCCCGCCAACCACGUACUACUCGGUCCCGGUAAGCAGACGGGCGGCAGUGCUGCUACUGCUCUUCGCCGACGCCAAGGGCGAUCUUAGGGUGGUCGUUACGAUCCGGGCUAAGACACUAAGUUCGUGCCGAGCAGAAAAUACAGAAUCCGCCUUCCAAACGGCGCGGCGCGAGGCAUGUGAGGAGAUCGGCCUCCCCGACAUUCAGGAAAGGGAAAAGCUUCCACCCCCGUUCAGCGUGGAGCAUCUCUGCGAGUUCCCGGCAAAUCUUGCCCGAACAGAGGUGGUGGUUCGUCCCUGCGUUGCGCUCCUCCACAGUUAUGAUGCGGGCUUGGGGCUGAAUUCUAAUCCCGAGGUGUCACUUAUUCCUAUUCUGGACACGAGAGAGGUUGAGGCUGUUUUUACGGCGCCGUUCCAGGAUUUCCUGCGCGGACAUGGACAGAAUGGGGAGGACUGGUAUCGUGGGUCGUGGGGGAUGUGGCAUAAUUCGCAAUGGAGAAUGCAUCAGUUCUUUGUUCCCAGAGCAGACCAAGUCUACCGUAUCUUUGGCAUGACUGCACGAAUUAUCGUCGAUGCAGCCCGGGUCGCAUACGCGCAGGAACCGGAAUUCGAACAUAACAGUCAUUUUGGCGACGAGGCCAUGAUCGCCGACUUGCGCCAGUUGGGCCGGUUAGGUGAAAAGGCCAAAGUUUAG